AUGACCCUCGUCAAAACCCCCAGUAAUGACCAGGAUUAUUUCGAGCGCGUAACCCUCCUCCGUCAGGGAAACUACCUCCUGAGCCUCAUGACCGUCAUUCGAGACGAACUGACAACCUCCAACGCAUUCGCAGCGGCCUUUGAUAGGAUCUCUGACCUCCUUAUAGCAGCAGGUAGCGUUUCCAAGUCCCGUUCAUACAUACGUACCUACCCUACAUCUACAGAAAUCACCGCUCAACACAGUAAAUUCUCCAAGCCAGCUGACCAUCUAUCCAUUCCAAUUCCAGCGCUGGACCUCCUCCCUACAGAGCGACUCACAAUCCGGACUCCAACCGGCUGGACCUACGAAGGAAGACGUCAAGUGAAGCCCGUCUGUGGCGUGAGUAUCCUUCGCGCAGGGGCGAGCUUUGAAACUGCCCUACGAAGGGCUUACGGCGAGAACCUAAGCAUGGGCAAGCUCCUCAUCCAGCGCAACGAGGAAACGAGUCUCCCUGUCCAUCUGUACUCGAAACUGCCAGCGGGUAUCGCGGAGCAGUCCGUUUUAAUCCUGGAACCAAUGCUCGCGACCGGCGGUUCCGCCAUAAAAGCCAUCGACGUGCUGAAAGAGAAAGGCGUGUGCGAGGAGGAUAUCGUCUUUGUGAAUCUGGUUGCGUCGAAGAAAGGGCUCGAGACGAUAAUGCAACGGUUUCCGCGGUUAAGGCUUGUAACUGCAGCGGUAGACGAGGCGUUGACAGUGUCAAAUCAUAUUGCGCCAGGGUUGGGCGAUUUCGGAGAUCGAUUUUAUGGGACUUGA